AUGCCGACCGCUGCCGACCUCCCCUCCUCGUCCCUUGGACGCACGCCGACCACCUACGCGGACCCCGAGUUUAUCCUGUACGACCUCUGGUCACCGGAGCUCCAGGUCUGCUACAACACGGAGAUCCUCUACGUGCGCGCCGUACUCAACUACAAGAGGAUUCCAUACGAGACAGUGCUGCUGGAGCAUCAUGAAGUCGAGGCCUACUUCUCCCAGCGGCGCAUACGAUUUUACCCCGGCAAGCCUACGGACAGCGCCUACCUGUCGCGCAUGACCUGCUUCUCCUCCUUACCCGUCGUCCAGCACGUCCCGAGCCGGCGGCAUAUCGUCGGCAGAUCGAAAAUCGUCCAGUACCUCUGCACACAGUAUCCUUCGGCCCCUCGGCUGGAAGGCUCUUCUCCGAGCUCCACCGUCACACAACCUUGGAACAGCGCGCUUUCGUUGAUCCUUCGGCAUUUCAUCUUUCCCCGCGAGAUCCUCUUCCUGUCCCCCCAAGCUGCACUAGCUUUGCGCCGUUACCGCGACAACCAAAACGAAACUCUCCUCGAGAGUAAACUCUGGGACGACGAUUACCUUUGGGAGUCCAUCCGCCAACACCUUGGCGAUUACAACAAGGCGUUGGGGAAGCGUGCCCUCGCCGGACAGCCCUAUCUCUCCACCUCCGGUAUUCAUCCGAGCGGCGCAGAUCUCGACACUGCAGCGGAUCUCCAUCAGAUAUUCGUCUUCGACCGCAACGCCGUCGCUCAAAUUCAACGCUACCCUUAUAUCUGGAACCUAUACCUUUCGAUGGAAGCGUUUGUGAGGGAGCGAAGGGAAGGCGAGCCGGGUGCGAAGAGAGUGAGGGCCUCCUUGAAGUCGGACAUGAAUGCAAUGUCACUACCCAGAUCCACUACUCCGGAGGGAAGUCCGCCAAGCAUGAUGCUGAAGGAGUAA